AUGCAGUUUUCAGAGAAAGUUGUAAGCAGCGAUGCUUUUAAGUUUCAUUUCAAAUUUUGGCGUGUCCUUGGUGUAUACCCCAUGCCUUAUUGCGGCUUCUUCUACAAUGUCGUAUUAUUUGUUCUGUGUGUGAGCCUCCCAAUCGCGAUGACCAUUUUCCUAUUUAAUGUGGAUGAUGCCAAAGAUAUAUUUACUAAUCUUUCAGUAAAUAUAACUUUGAUUGCAUGCACUCUAAAAUUUACUAACAUCCUGAUUCAACGACAAGAAAUCUUGAAUUUUAAUAUUGGAAUUAACCAUCUGGAUACGCAGACCGGUUCUAUCCAAGAGCAAGAAUACCUUAGAUCCGCUGUUCGCACCGCCCAUAGAAUAUUCUACUUUAUAUCUUCGUUAUACAUCUCAGUAAUAUGGCUGGCUGAGCUCGUUACCCUUGUGUCAAAGGAAAAUCGUUUGAUAUGUUUUGCCUGGUAUCCUUUCGACUGGCAAAAUUCCACCGCGUAUUAUACAGUCGCGAAUGUUCAUCAGUUUAUAGUCCUCCAUAUAAAUAUUUGUCAAAAUAUGACAAGCGACACCUUUCCUGCACUUUAUAUACUAGUUCUGACUGGUCAUGUGGAAACCUUGAACAUCCGGAUUAGGAGAUUGGCUUCAAACGUUACUAAGUCAUGCGAAGAAAAUAUUCAAGAUUUGAUACUAUGCAUUAAGGACCACCAAACGCUCACCCAAUAUGUUCAGAAAGUUCAGAUGGUGACCUCUUCUGGAAUUUCUAUCCAGUUUUUGGCUACUGGAACUGAAGCUUGCGUUAUCGCUGUUUGUUUUCUAAUCGUAAAAGGAGAUCUAUUUGAGACCAUGUAUCUAGGAUCUUACUUUGUAUGUGUCAUUCUGCAAAUUUUCCUAUAUUGUUACUUCGGAAAUGAACUUAUAAACAAAAGUCAGCGUAUAACCGAAGCGAUCUACUCAUGCAAUUGGACAGAUCAGGAUAAAAGGUUUAGGAAGAUUCUACUGAUAUUCACGCAAUCAACGCAGACUAGCAUGAGAAUUAAAGCGGCUGAUUAUGUCGUAGUUAGUUUGUCAACAUUUGUGUCGUUUGUGGUGCUUUUCAUAAAUAUAUCUCAAAAUGCAGCAAAUGACACUUUUCCCGCGUUUCAUAUGCUAGUUCUCACUAGUCACGUAAGAGCCCUGAAUAUUCGGAUCAGGAGAGUGUGCUUGAGCAAUACCAACUCCAAUGAGGAAAAUACCCGACAUUUGAUACAGUGCAUCAAGGACCAUCAAACGCUCAUACAAUACGUUCACAAUGUUCAAAAGGUGUCUUCGGUUGGAAUCUUUCUCCAGUUUUUCGCCACAGGAAUCGAAGCUUGCAUUAUCGCUGUUUGUGUCUUUUUCGAAAAAGGGGAUUUGUUUGAGACCAUGUUUCUCGUAGUUUAUUUUGUUUGUGUCAUUUUACAAAUAUUCUUUUAUUGUUACUUUGGAAAUGAACUUAUUUGCGAGAGUCAAAGAACAACUGAAGCGAUUUACUCAUGUAACUGGAUCGGUCAAAAUAACACUUUCAAAAAAAUUUUAUUCAUGUUCAUGCAGUCAACGCAGCCAACUAUGACGAUUAUGGCAGGCGGAUAUUUUGCAGUCAGUUUGUCAACAUUUGUCACGGUUAUGAAGAGUUCAUAUUCAUUAUUCGCUGUGUUGAUGCGAACGACUUAAGAAGGAGCAUCACUUGGAUAGUUGAGACCCUGCAACACUCACUGUCAGACCUUCUCACGAAAACAAACAGAAGUAGUUUGAAAACAACAUUUUUAUUCAUCAAUAGUGAACAUCGCACUUUUAAAACAAAGUUAACCUAAAAAACCUUAGCAGCUAAUUUAACCUAAAGUUAUAGCUAUAUAACUUAAGGGGCGUCGGUAGUCUAGAACUCGAAAGCUUUAAGUUUAUUAUUACACUCAUUUUAAAUACAAGAAAAUUUGUUUUGUUACUGCAAAAAUGCCACUGGAGUUCACCC